AGUUGAGCACCUGCAACCCUGACACAAAACAGUUCGCGGUGAAAUGCGGGCGCGCGUAUACAAACAAUGCUGAGGUGAAGUGCAAUGGAGAAGAUGAGCGCGAUCCGGUCGCCUCGCACUCGUAAAGAGAAACGCGAGGACUACAUACGACAGGAGAUCGUCGCCCAGGUGCACAAAUCCACCAAAUCGAACACCAGUUCGGAAAACGACUAUGGAAACUCCGAGGACAACGUGGAGUUCGUCGGUAAACACGAGGAGAACGAGAACAUCGAGAUGCACACGCCAAGCGUCGAACUGUCAAUAGACGGGGAGAGUCAGAUCAACUCCAAAAUAUUGUCGUUGAUCGAGAGCGAGAUCAAAAGGGAGAACAACAGGAAGACCCAUUUCACCGAUUCGAGGCCGCAAAGUUUGAGCUUUUAUGAGGACGAGAAAAUGCCGGAGGAACUGUCAGGUAAUUUGGAGUUGUUGAGUCCGGAAGAACGAAAGCACUUCAAAAAGCGUAAAGAAUACUUGCAAUUAGAUGAUGAACGAAACAUAUACAACUCCAUAACAGACAUGUACAAUGUGAGGGACACUGAAGACAUGAUCACAAAAAAGCACAAGUACCGGAAAAAGCGCCAUGGCGAAACGGAAUUGGGUAUGGGUAAUAGUACUGAAAUGAUGAUACCGAAGGAGAAGCCUAAACGUCGUAAGAAAAAACGGGAGAACUCUCCGGGUUGCACAAACGGUAAAAGAAAGCACAAGAAACGUGAUGACGAGUAUGAGGUGAAGAACGACAUAACGUUGGCUUUGGAGGAGCUGCAGGAUGAUGUUUUUGAAAAUAACCACGACGAAAUAUUUCCCAAACCAGAAAGGAUUAAGAGGAGUCCGAGACGAGCUGACAAAGUUUACGUUCAAAAGAAAAAUAAGUUCGAGUAUGUGGGAAAACCGACUAAUAAUAACUGCAUCAAAGAUUGUGAAGAAGGACCAAACGCCAAAGAAUUAUCAACAUAUCAUCCAUUACAAGUGGCGAUAGUUCUUCAAUCAUGGUGGAUCCGAAUAUCAAACGUCUGUCACGGUUUACUUGGAGGCUUGGCUCUGGGACAUUGGUUGUACUUGAUCUGUAAUAUCAAUUCGGAGGAUAACAAUUUUUUGAUACAUUAUGCCUACUAUAGUGACAUGUUCGUUGCGCUUUUCUAUGGACUCUGUGUUGUGUGCAUCAUAUCAGUCUUAGACCGGAUAGAUAUAGAGGAAUUAAGUGGCACAAAUGUGGGUGGAUUGUUGAAGAAGAAAAGUUCUUUCAUCAUAAUAAUCUACAUAACUUGUUUGAUACUACAUUUAUCAGCUUCCUCUUUAGACGAUAAAAUAGGAAAUUUGUCCAACAACGAAACCAUGCCAAAUAUGACGCUUAGUGAAGUAAAAACAUGGAACCAUUUGUCUCUUUGGAGAGCGAUUUUCGCGUUCACCGCUUGGAUUUUUCUAGGUCUGGUGCCUUCUGAUGACAUGCUCUAUAUAAAUCUUAAGAGCAUGGAGAGAUUCUUCCCUGACAAAUAAUUAAUGUUUAUAGUUAUUAUGUUAAACAAUGGAGGACGUUUCUAUGUGAUAAAAAAUAAAUUUUAAUAAAGACUGUAUAAAUAAUUUAUUGCAUA